AUGGAUCUCAGUGAUAAUCAACUUGAAGGAUCACUUCCUUUGUGCCUUGGGAACCUGAGUUCUUUGGCACAACUUCAUCUGCGGAGGAACACACUUGGUGGUGAAUUACCAAGUGAACUUGGUAACCUCAAACAGCUAACUGAGCUCGAUCUUUCUGGUAAUUAUUUCAAGUGUCCAAUUCCCUCAAGUUUCGGACAACUUUCAAUGAUAGAUACUCUCAUACUAAAUGAUAAUCAGUUGUUCGGAACAAUUCCUCCAGCUUUAUUGAAUCUCACUGAACUAGGAACCUUAGAUGUUUCUUACAAUUCUUUGUCUGGUGAAUUAUGCGGAUAUAAUCUUGCGAAACUCAAAAGUUUGCGAUCCUUGCGCAUUUCAAAGAACCAAUUUCUUAGUUGCAAGGCUUUAAUGGUAAUAUCCCUUGCAAAUAACCAGCUGACUGGAAAGAUUCCUACAUGCCUUGGAAACUUAAGGCAGCUGGGAGUGUUGGAUUUAGCGAAUAAUAGCCUUUCCGGUCAAAUUCCAUAUACACUUGGUAACUUGGUUGGGCUUCUAGUCCUACAUUUGAAUGGGAAUAAGUUAUUCGGUGAGCUUCCUUCCACAUUGAAAAAUUUGAUAUUUUUAGUUACUUUUGAUCUCGGCAAUAAUCAGUUAUGGGGCUUGAUACCUGAUUGGAUUGCGAAAGAGUUCUCAAAUUUAAGAUUUCUUAGGCUUCAAUCUAAUAAUUUUCAUGGUAACAUUUCUGUAAAUCUCUGUCAACUGCCUUCCCUUCAAGUGUUAAAUCUAGGAGAGAACAAAUUGGAUGGCAGCAUUCCUGCUUGUCUUGGCAACUUGAGUAUGAUGCUGUCAGAUGAUUCCAAUUCAGAUGUUAUAUUCAGUUCAUUUUAUGAUGAAUCAUUUUGGAGAAACAACUUACAUGGUGAGAUCCCUGAUGAGUUAAUGGAUCUGGAGUCGCUGCAAAAUUUGAACAUGUCCAACAAUAACUUGAGUGGAAAGAUCCCAGAAAGAAUUGACAAUUUAAAGCAUCUGGAGUCCCUAGAUUUGUCUGUAAACCAGCUUUCUGGUACUAUUCCUCAAAUUUUGGCCAAUAUAGAUGCCCUAAGCUAUCUAAACUUGUCUUUCAACAAUUUGGUAGGGCCUGUUCCCUCAGGGAAUCAUUUCGAUACCUUGAAUGAUCCAUCCAUUUAUGAAGGAAACAUUGGACUUUGUGGUAAGCCUCUAACAAAGAGCUGUCCUAAUGAUUCGUCAUCAAGAGAAAAUACACCUGCAACCUCUAAUCAUAAAAUUGAUAAUGAUGCUGAUAAGUUUGAGUUCUCAUGGUUUUAUUCGGGUAUCGGACCAGGUUUUGUGAUUGGUUCGUUGGGCUUUUUUGGCGUUCUUCAUCUCAAAAAGUCAUGGAGACAUGCUUAUUUCCGGUUUCUGGAAAACGUUUGUGACAAAGUUAGGGUAUCUUUUGUUGCCAGAAUUUCUCGGUUCCAAAGAAGAUCUCUCUAUCUCAAAAUGAUUGUUGAGACAAAACUUUGUAAUAGAGCUUUAACUUUCUUCCAAUUCAUUUCAGUUCUUUUUUGUUCCUUGUGUAACUUAACCAGUCGCGUUUCCAUGGAUGUCAGUUAUAGUCAAAUUGAAGGGCCACUUCCUCAAUGUGUUGGUAAUUUCACUUUAUUAUGGAAAUUCAUUUGGAAGGUAACCAACUCAGCGGAGAAAUUACCAAGUGAGAUUGGUAAUCUCAAACAUCUAAUUGAACUUGAACUUUCCAAGAAUCCUUUCAAAUCCUCUAUAGUCUAUUCCAUCAGGUUUCGGACAUCUUACAAUUUGUACAAUGUUUCUCACAAUUCGUUGACCGGGAAGGUGUCUGAAUCUCAUUUUUGCGAAGCUCAAAAGUUAAAAAAAAUUCUUCACAGAAUCACCAAUUUGUUGCCAGCAGGCAUUCCCUGUUAUCUUGGCAACUUGACUAUAUAUGAUGACUUGGAUUUUUGCCUUCUCAAGCUAAAUAAACAUAUGCUAAAUUUUGUUUUCAUUUUAGCAAGAGAAUUUGGGCCUGAUCAAUUGGCCAGGGUCAUCAUUAGCCGCGUAAGGAGAAAUGGUUUUGUUCCAAUCUUGAAAUAUUUCAACGAUGAUUGCCAGUCAAUCACGAUUAAGCGACGCCAAAAUCUCAGCGAGCAAGUCGGCCAUAUUCAUAAAUUGAAUCCUAUACAAAAUAUAGGAUCACUGAUUUGGUUUAGCCUGACGACAAGGUUUUCUGUGAUCAGCUCAGUUGUUUGCGCAAUGUUCAGUUUCUCAGAACGGAAGAAGCUUCACUUAAUGUUCACCGACAGAGUUCCUCCUGUUUUAAAACCUAGAGUAUUUUGCGAAACACAAGGGGGGAAAUCUGCUUCUUCCUUAACCAGAACAUCUAGUGGUGACGAAUAUGUUUAUGGAUUGAACAUUGACGAAUCUGUCCCUUCCUUAACCAUCAAGUGUCUCAAGUGGAUCUCCGGACUUGCUUCUUUAAGAACUCUCCACUUCUCCAACACCAACCUGAGUGAAUCUCUUGAUUGGUUGUCUCAAGUGGAUCUUGAUCUUAGAAAUAAUAAUUUCCGAGGUCGGAUCCCUGACAUGUUUGGAAAAUCGACCAGCCUUACUAGGCUUGACCUUUAUUCCAAUACAUUCGAUUCUUUACUGCCAAAUUCCUUCUGUAACGUUUCUAAUCUCGUUUCCAUGGAAUUAGUUUUGGAUCACUUCCUUUGUGCCUUGGGAACCUGA